AUGAAUAGUCCAAGCGCUGAGGUGCCUUCUCUCAAAGCAGGUGGGAAACCACCGGUUAGCAACCCGCCAAUGUCGUUAGUUCAUGAGUUACUAUUUGUAUUUAUGACUGCCAGUGCUCAGCUCAUGACUCAAGCUGGUUUGGGCCAAACAAUCGCACCAAGUCACAUUAUCGGAAAAGCAUUUGGGACAACUAAUGGCGGUCAAUUGAGUUGGUUUCCGGCUUCUUACAGCUUGACAGUGGGCACGUUUAUUCUUAUUGCCGGAAGACUUGGUGAUAUGUACGGUCAUAAGAAUAUGUUUAUGUUCGGGUAUGCAUGGUAUAGCUUAUGGUCGUUGAUAUCUGGAUUUAGUGUCUACGCCAAGUCUGCAAUUAUGUACGACGUUUGUCGUGCACUUACGGGAAUUGCUCCUGCGUUUUUGCUACCCAAUGCAUUGGCCAUCCUUGGUAGGGUUUAUCCUCCUGGAAAACGAAAGCAAUGGGCUUUUUGUAUGUUUGGAGCUACAGCACCGAAUGGAUUUCUUUUAGGUGCUGUUUUCUCUGGAAUUUUUGCACAGUUGGCUUGGUGGCCCUGGGCCUAUUGGUGCACAUGUAUUGUCUGCUUUUUUUUCUGUUUAGCAAGCUAUUUCAUUAUUCCAGAUAUUCAAGAAGAUACAAAUCAAGAGAAAGCUUCAGAAAAGCAGCACUUCGAUUAUCUUGGGUCGUUCUUUGGUAUUGCCGGUUUGGUACUUAUUAAUUUUGCAUGGAAUCAGGGCCCAGUCGUUGGUUGGCAAAUACCAUACGUGUAUGUUUUGUUGAUUGUUGGGUUUUUAUCACUCCUUGUUUUUUUAUAUGUUGAACAUAAAACGAUCCAACCCCUUCUACCUCCUGAUGCGUUAAACGGGGAGAUUGGAUUUAUCCUUGUAUGUAUAGCCGCCGGUUGGGCUUGUUUUGGAAUAUGGAUUUACUACUUGUGGAACUUUUUCGAAGUGAUGCGAAAUAGUACUCCUUUGUUAACUGUCGCUCAAAUGGCGCCCGUUGGUAUAAGUGGCUGUGUUGCUGCAGCCACAACAGGGAAGUUAAUGUCUCGGUUUAGACCUAUUGUUUGUAUGAUUAUCUCUAUGGUUGCGUUUACCGUUGGUUCAAUUUUGCUAGCGACGGCCCCUAUCCAUCAAACCUACUGGGCACAAACCUUUGUUGCUACUAUCGUAACUCCUUGGGGUAUGGAUAUGAGUUUUCCAGCCGCAACUUUGGUAAUUAGUGAUUUUGUUUCAAAGGAAAAUCAAGGCAUUGCUGCGUCUCUUGUGAGUACCGUUGUAAAUUAUUCUAUCUCGAUAGGCCUCGGUAUUGCUGGCACCAUUGAAGUACAUCUUAACCAUAAAGGAACGAAUAUUUUGAGGGGAUACCGAAGUGCUUGGUACAUGGGAAUUGGAUUUGGUGGCCUUGGUGUCGGAGUAUCCUUGAUUGCAGCUGUCUUUAUUUUCACAAAAGCUAGUCGACGAGGACCCGAUGUUGAAAACUUGGGUGUAACGAAUGACGAUAAGAAAAGUGAUUUUUCGGUUUGA